AUGGUCUUGAGGAAGGAAGAGGAUAGCGAAAGAAAAGAAAACAAUCAUGUCCUAGAUUCUGCUCUUCGGAAUCCGCUAGUCGAUGAUGGUGUCUCCGUGGCCUUUCUGGAAUAUACAGAGGAAGAAUUCUCAAAGAGAGGAUGUAAACAGACCAGGGAAGAGGUGCUGCUGGGUUCCAUUCUUCGUCAUGCCUAUCAUGCCAUUUUCUACCUGACCACAAAUCAGCUAAUCGUCACUACCAUGACAGGUGCAGAUGAAAAAUAGAAGACAAAAAAAAAUUUGUAAUAAAUUAUAAGAUAGGAGACCAACUAUAAAUGUUGUAAAGCUCAGCGAAUUGAGUUUGUA